ACACGGCCUUGCGAGCUAUGUGAGAAUCAACACUGUAGUUCCAAACAGUCGCGUUUUGCCACGUCUGCCAGUUAAGGGGAGUCGUACAGUGAAGGCGAAUAAAAAGAGUAAAAAAGUUCAUUUAUUUUUAUUUUUUCUUGAUGGCUGACUUCAACGCUCAAAUUCGCUAUUUUAUCCAAGUUACUAAAAUUCCCUAUUUAAUUCUUUUUAUCAUGGAUUUUCGUAAUGAGAUUGAAACUGUCGUUGAUGGUGAUAGCAUUCGAAGCUUUAAAGCUAACCUUGUAAAACUCUACAGUGAUAUGUAUGUAGAAGUAAAGGGUUGUCCCCUACCGUCUAAGUUACAUGACGAUGUUCAAUGGUGCGUAUACGAAAAGCUCUUUCGAGCUGUUGAAAGAAAAAAGAAAUUGGUUGAUGGUACUUUCAGCAGUAGCAAUGGCUCACCGGAAAUUGGAGGUGUGAAAAGAUUGUUGGAUGAGAUGAGCAUCAUGGAUUGGAUGAUUCCCGAACCUGUCGAGGAUAGCCUUGUUAUUGGAGAUGACAAGCUUAAUUUCAAUAAGGUGUUUUUCCAGUAUCAAAAAGAUUGUCUCUCCAAGUUUCAAAUAGAACAAUUCUACAACUGGAGAACAGAUAUUCAAAAGCUUUUGUCCUUGUCUUCCAUUGUUUUCCUUGAUGGCGUUAGAGGUGUGUGUGAUUAUCUUGAAAAUGACACAUACCAAUCCCUGUAUCACUUGAUGUCAUCCGAAUUCCGUGAAACAACUGAAAUGUCGCGUAAAACGUUGGGUUGUUUACAAGAUAUUAUUUGGGAGUAUCAAAAAAAUUUCGAUUAUUGGGCCACAAUGCUAAAAGUAGCAGAAGUUUAUGAAAAGUAUAAGACUGACAAAGUAGUACUUUGCAUACUUGAAGUAAUCCUUGCAUUGUUGCCUGAAAUGACAGUUCAAAACACGAAAAGGUCUGAAAUGCAUGUACAAUGUAGUUACGUACAUAAUUUCGUAAAAAGUAUACUCAAGAUUGAUUCAUGACAUCACCCCCAUUGUUCGAACACAUCAAAUAACUUCUAUGGUACACGGCCAGACUACCUAGUUGACGUUGUAACAAGUCAAGUUAAGAUGAACAACUUUUUUGGUGAAUGUAAAGGAAGAAACGCCUCUGUUGAUGGUUGCAAUCGAGAUAAGUAUCGGUUAGCAGUAUUUUCCCAAGUAGCCAUGCAACAGCAAAAGCUCAAAUCGGUCAUGUCUUUCUUUAGUAUUGAUAACGAAGUUUUUCUUUUGUGAGAUAGCAAGAAUUGUUAUUCCAACAACAGAAUCCGCUUUCAAAAGCCUUGGAUCGUACUUCAAUGAAAUUGCAUCGAUAAGACAAUUAUACGCCUCAAAGUGUCAUGAAAAAGAAGAUGAUAUAAAGGAAUUUGACACUCUCCCAUGGACCGUGUUGACCAAUAUGAGUUUAAAGAAAUAAAAAAAUUUUAUUGCAAAAAGUA